AUGCCAUCCUAUACUUUUACCAUUUACGAUCGCGAUUUAUUUGAAAAGUCAAAGUUCAAAGGCUACGACUCGUUACUUAAAAGUAGGCUUGCUCGUUGUCCAGCUAGAGCAUAUUAUUUGGCAUCGAUUCUUGAAAAUGGCAACACGAUUGGUGCAAACAGAACUCUGACAAGGCCACACAACGCACAGGAGAGUAGGGCCCGUGAAAAGGUUCCGAAAACGACAAGUACACAUUUCAUAAAUGGUGGGUCGUAUGUUGCAUCUUUUACUCUUGGCACUCAGCAAAUUAAAAGUUACUUGCUAAUAGACACUGGAAGUGAUUUAGUGUGGUGGCAAUGUGGACCAUGUAAGGGAAAUAGGUGUUACAAACAAAAAGAUCCAUUAUAUGUUUCAACUAAUUCGAAAACAUAUCGAAGACUUGAUUGCAUUGUACAAAGUGAAAGUUGUUUAAUCGCAUCCCCAAGUUAUGGAUGUAGUCCGUUCGGUAAUAUUUGUCUCUAUGAUGUGAGCUACGUGGAUGGAGCAAGAACAAAAGGCUGGAUAGCAGAUGACGUGAUUACUUUUGUUUUAGACCGAAAUCCAGUAAGGAUUGUUUUUGGAUGUGGCAAAGAUCAAGCGAGUGGAACACCACAUUUUAAUGGUGAAUAUUAUGGAAUUGCUGGAAUCGGACGUAGACGAAUGAGUGGUGGAUAUUCUUUACCAACGCAAUUUGAGGCAGUCAUAAUGUCCUUGUGUCUACCACGAUUUUUUUCCCAUAAAGGAUCAACAAUUAGCUUCUACAAAACGCCCUUUAAAAAAACAACAUCAGCAGAGCUAUUACCAAAUUUCGGAUUCCCUAUAUUUUAUUUCGUCAACCUUUAUAAAUUUUUUAUUAACGACAAGGAAAUUCCACUGAACCCAUCAGUGUGGAGUUUUAGAAAUGACAUGACCGGUGGGGUCAUUGUGGAUACAGGAACAACUAUUACUCGUUUUCCUCAAGAUUUUUAUACUCUAUUGCGUAACAUAUUCAGAAUGGAAGCACGAGAUAUUCCGGAGGUUGAUCCAUCUGGAGCCUUCGGCACUUGCUAUGAAGCGGAUCCGAGUGGUCCUGAACCAAAAUUUCCCGUGGUGAAGUUAUACUUUGGCAGAGAAAACCCGAAUAAUUUGUUGUUACUAGCUCAAGAUCGGUUCGUAGUAAACAUUAAUGGGAAAUACUGUCUGUCUUUUCUGGGAUGGCACAGUUCCGUUGCAAUUUUAGAAGCUAGUCAACUCCAAGUUGUAGGAUUAACUUUUGAUACCUCAGCAAAUACUUUGUCCUUUGACUUAGAUGCAUGUGAUUGA